AUGAGGCUCCUCACUCCCGUCUUAGGAGCUUCCCCCAUCACCGGCCUCACAGCAACCCAGCUCUUCCAAUUCACCAACAAAUCUCAGUUCGUCGAAAACAUCGCGGUGCGUCCCAACGGCCACCUUCUCCUCGACACAUUCGACAACGGCCGCCUGUACACCCUCGAUCCCUCCGCUAAGGAGAUCGUUCCUCAGGUCAUUGCGCGAAUCCCUGGCACUACUGCACUCACGGGCAUUGUGGAUGUAGCGCAUGACUUGUACGCUGUAUCUGCCGGUAUCCUCAACUUCACCGAUUUUUCUUUUGAGCCUGGGACUUCAAAAAUCGCCCUCGUUGAUGUACGCGAUUGUCACCAUGCUAAACUUGCCUCUGUCAAUGUUACUGCCCAGAUUCCCGAGGCGGGUAUUUUAAACGGCAUCGCUGGCCUCCCCAAGCAUAGACAUAUUGUCCUCAGUGCGGAUUCCAAGACGGGCCGCGUAUACCGAGUGAAUAUCUUGAAUGGAAAGGUGGAUAUUGCCUUUCAGGACGACAGGUUUACGCCUGGACCGCACCCGAAAUUAGUGCCUCUGGGUAUUAAUGGCAUCAAGGUCUUCGAGGGAUAUCUGUACUUGACAAAUUCGGAGCAGAGAUUUGUUGCGAGGAUUAAAAUUAAUGACUUUGGUGAAAAGGCGGGCGACUUGGAAAUUAUCACCACUCUACCGCUCAACCCGCCCAAAACUCCCGAUGACUUUUCCAUUGCCAGGGAUGGGACAAUUUAUCUGGGUGCCCAUUCGGAUACGUUGGUAAAGAUAACACCGGACGGUAAGUGGGUCUCAUUAGUCGAAGGCAGCAAUGCUGGCGUUUAUUUGAAUGGGCCUACCUCUACGGCGUUGAGUAAAGAUGAGAAGACAGUAUAUGUUACUACGGGGGGUGGCGGCCAGAUUGGUCAAGGUGGACAGAUUUUUGCUGUCAAGUUGUAA